AUGCCGCGCCACGCCUUCGUCCUCGCGCUGUGCGCGCUCCUCGCCGUGGCGACGGCGCCGUCGUUCGCGUCCGCGAACGCGUGCGAGGAAUGGACCGCGUGGGAGGACUCGGAGGUCAAGAGCCAGGCGUGGGAGCACAUCGCGCACGGGAACGUCGAGCUCGUGCUGCGUUCGAUCGCGGAGGAGCCGUGCUUCGCGAAGAUGCGCGCGAGGGACGGGCGAGGCCCGCUGCACUGGGCGCACGAGUUUCACGAGCGGCGACUCAUCGACGCGCUGCUCGCCGCGGGCGCGGACGCGGAGGCGACGGACGCGACGGGGCUGACGCCCGCGCGGAUGCCGCGCGCGCCGCCGAUCACAUACACCGCGCCGGAGGACGCGGAGGACGAGAUCGACUACGGCGACGACGACGACGACGACGACGACGACGACGACGACGACGAGGCGUGGAGCCCCCCUCGGCACGACGAGAUGUGA